AAAAUAUAAAGAAAAACAAACAAAAAAAAGGGAAAUCAUAAUAUAUUAGAUAUCAAAAUUAAUAUGGGAAAAAGGUUGGCAUUAUUAGCAAUUUUUUGCCUAAGUUUGAGCAUGAUUGGCAGUGUCUCAUGUAAUGAUACUACCUCUGCUAUGCUUUAAGGAAUUUAACUAGUUUAAAUGCAAACAGAAUAUGUUGUCGAUGACAUUUUGGCAUUUUUGAAAUCAUUCUCAACUGAUAUUAACUAACAAAUCCUCCAUUUAGAUGAAGCUGUCAAAAUCGAAACUGCAUAUCUUGAAAAAUUGAUUGAAGAUUUAAACACUUAAAAGGAAUCUAAGUUCGCUGAGUGUGGUCAAGAUAAGGACGCUCUUGACGAAGUCAUUCAUGAGUACAACUAACAACUUGACUUUGUUAAUUGGAUUACAAAUAAGACUAAUGAAGAUUACGAUAAGAUUGCUAAGUAUUAAAAGCAAAGUUGUUAGUAGACUCUCGAUUUUGUUGAGUAUCUUAGACACGCCUAGACUGCUCUCAACUUAAUUGACUUCUUGAGACACGCUCUUGAUAACUACUCAUUUACCUAAUUAAAGGCUAUUACCAAGGUUGUUAGAGAAAACUAAAACGAUAGCUCUUUGUUUUCCACUUCAAAUGGUCUCCAAUUGAUGCUCCUCUAAUUCUAGGCAACGAUUUAAUAAGUUGAUGCCUCCAAGUACAAUGUUGGAGAUUCUUUGGAUGAUAAGGUUUCAGAUAGAACCAAGGAUGAAAUCGGAACUGGACACAUCGAUAACGAUAAGGGUGAUAUCGAUGUUGAUAGCUUUUAGAGUGGAUCCAGACUUGGAUUAUAAGCUAUUAAAUAAGAAUUAUUCGCUAUUUUAGAUGAACUCGAGGCUGUCAUCAAGAAAAACAUGAAUGAUAAAAUUAAUGACAUGAUCAAUUUGGCUGAAUCUAUUUCAGACUAUAUUAUCUAAUUGAAAAAGGAAAUUGAUUACCUCCAAAAAGAAUUAAUCACUUAAUAAUAAGUUUUGAGAGAAAUUGAAUUAAGAGUUGAAGCUGCCUAACACACAGUAGACUAAUGUUUGAUUGAUUAUAACGCAAUUGUCAAAACUAUUUAAGAUACCUAAGAAAAGCACGAUAGCUACAUCAAGGAUAGAUCUCACUACAGAGAAGUUUUACUUGAUUAAUUAGAUUAAUUGACUGCAAUCAUUAACAUCUAUGAAAAACAAAUUGCAACUGCAGGUGAAAGCUACAAGAAGCGUUAUGAUGAUCUCAUUGAUAAUGGAGUAGUUGAUUACACCGCCAACGUUGAUGACAGAGUUUUAUACACUGACUACAAUGCUCAUCAAACACCCGAUCAAUUAGACGAUAUUGUUGAAGGAGAAGUUGUUGCUACUGCUCCUAAUGAUAACGAUGAAUCCAUUACCUUCUGA